AUGAGUAGGAAAAGUACUAAAAAGCUAAAAGUUUAUUACUUACCUGUAACGUUAACACAAUUUCAAAAGGAUUUAUCAGAAAUUUUAAUAUCUCUGCAUGCUGCCUCAUUUAGAGCAAGUAUAGUAGAUGAACCGCAGGCAAAUUCCUUGGAGAGACCUGAUUGUACACCUGCUAAUCAUGAAGCACAUUCAUAUCCAAAAUUAUCUCAGAGACAAUUGACCUACAUCUUUGAUUCGAAUAUAAGGGCCAUUGCCAAUCAUCCUUCCCUUCUAGUGGACCACUACAUGCCUCGGCAGCUUUUGAGGAUGGAACCCACAGAAAGCUCGAUCGCUGGCAGCCACAAGUUUCAAGUCCUCAAUCAAUUAAUUAAUUCGAUAUGCUUCAGAGACAGAGGAGACAAACCAAAUGAAGUUAUAAAAUGUGCCAUCAUUGCACACAGCAUAAAGGAAUUGGAUUUAUUAGAAGGUCUGGUAUUGGGGAAAAAGUUUAGAAUCAAGAGACUUUCCGGUACAUCUCUUUAUAACGAAAAGCACAAAUUCCCCAAUUUAACUACGGUCGAUGCCGCAAUAACCAAAGAUGGAACACCAAACUCUUUGAGCAGUACUAGCUCCAAUUCUAAUGCGACUUCGUAUACAGGCUAUUCUAAGGAUGACUAUGAUUACUCGGUGAAGAGAAACCUAAAGAAAAGAAAAGUUAAUACCGAUGAUUGGCUGUUUUUGGCAACUACGAAACAUCUCAGACAUGAUCAAUAUCUAUUGGCCAACUAUGAAAUAGAUUUGAUAAUCAGUUUUGACCCAAUGUUGGAAACUGCAUUGCCCGCUUUGCAACUAUUGAAAAAUAACACUAGUAAAAGUAUUCCAGUAAUCAAGCUAUUAGUUCAAAAUUCUCCAGACCACUACCUGUUAGAUUCGGAAAUCAAGAAUUCAAAUAUUAGUUCAGCCUGUAUUCACAAUAUUGAUCGUGUCGACAACAGCCAAGAAUAUGACGAGAUCAAAUCCUCUUUAUUAUAUUUUUUGCAUGCAAGGAAUGUUCAAGUAGAUAACUGCGACAUUGAUUAUGCUAAAUUGGUAAAAUGUUGUUUAGAGGGAAAAGAUUGCAAUGACUUCUUACCUGCUCUAGAUUUGAUCACAUUAGAUGAAAAUUUUAAAGAUUCGAAGGAUUCUGAAUUAUGGAAACCUCAAUUGACCAAGUUGCAAUAUUCCUCUACAAUUAUACCUCUAUGGGAUAGUCCGUUGGAUAUCAAAAGUUAUCAGACAGAAUUAAUGCAUAGAGCCGUCAUACGAUUGAGAGAUAUACAAGGUGAAUAUACAAAAGGCACUGCUCCACUGAAUGAGAAACGAUUGAAAGAAAAUCAACGACAAAACAAAUUGGAUGAUAUAAAAAACUCUGUCGGCCUUACCUUCAAGAAGAAACAGGAACUGGAAAAGUCUAUCAAUGAUUCGGAGAAAAGGUAUAGACAUGCCAUGGCAGAAUCUACUAAGCUAGAUAAUAAAAUAAAUGUCUUACUCCAAAAUAAGUCAGAGUUAGAAAACUUCACUAAAUUAUCUGCUCAUAGUACCUCAUCGGAAUAUCAUUUGGGAGAAGACUCUGCAAUAAAAGCCAAACUGAACGAAUACGCGGAUAAAAACAAAAUUCUUUCUGACAAGCUGAAAGAACUAGUAGAAACAAAUGCAGAAAAAUCAAAGCAUAAUGACGAACUGCGUUUGAAGUAUCAAGUAGAAUCUUCAAGAGCUGCAGAAUCAGCUCAAACCGUGAAGAAUAUGCAGGAAUCAAUGAAAUCUUUAGAAAAUAAAGUGAGUGGUCCAUUGACUAAAUUUUCUACAGAAAGUUUAAAGAAGGAAUUGGAAUGCUUACAAAACGAUUUUCAUUCGCUUAAAGUAAGAAACAAAUUUUUGAAGAAUUACAUAAAUUUAAUGAACCGACAGUACGACUUGAAAAACAAAAAUAACACUCAGGUCGAUAAAACUUCCACAUCUGGUACAAGGUUCAGGUCAACAAGGUCAAACACCCCCAAUUAUACAUGA